AUGAGAAGAAUAAUUAAACAAGAAGCUAUAAAUGAAAUUAAAGAAAAAGAAAAAUUAGAAAAGAAAGUAAAUAAAGAUAGAGAAAGAGCUGAAAAAAAUUCAUUUAUACCCUACAACUAUAUUAAUGAUUAUAAUAAUAAUAAUAAUAAUAAUAAUAAUAAUAAUAAUAAUAAUAAUAAUAAUAAUAAUAAUAAUAAUAAUAAUAAUAAUAAUUCUAUUCAAAAAUAA